UUAGCAAAACAAGCACAUGUAUCCUCUUUAGCUGCAUACACGCUCGUUAUUUUAAGACUUCCGUGCAUGCACGUAGUAAAUCAGCUCAAAGACAAAAUUGAAGUCGUGGCGUAGAAUAUAAUUUCACGUGUAGUACACCAACAAUGUCUUCCGUUCAGCAUUUAAAACAGUUUGUCAACGAGCGACUAACUGCUGCUGCUGAAGAAAUAUUCGGAGUUUUUGAAAAAACUAUCUUCCAAUUCGAGGAAGCGAUCGAUCGUCAACGCAGACUAUUGGAUGUCGUUUAUAAACCUGAUACAACAUUACUCAAGAUAGAGCUCCCACCGCCACGUGAUUGUAACGAGGAGGAAGUUCUCGCUGACCAGCAGCUCUGUAUUCAGGAGAGGAACUCCAGACUGGACCAGGAGGAGCCAGAACCUCCACAGAUGAAAGAGGAACAGGAGGACCUCUGCAUCAGUCAGGAGGGAGAGCAGCUUGUACUCAACCAGGAGACUGAUGGCGUUACGUUAACACCUACUUAUGAGGAAAGUGACCACAGUGCAGGUCAGACUCUGAGCUUCAAUAUCUCCGAGACUCCGAUGGCAGUGGAUGAAAAGCCUCUAAACUGUAUUUGGGAUAAAAGCUCUGUGGUAUCAGAAGCAAACAAUGACCACCAGCUCAUCUCUCACAGCUCUCAUGACGCUGAGAGCCAAGAUCAGAAAAGAGAAGACUCAGGAUCAACUAGAAAUGCAGAGCCAGAAGAAAACAAGAUACAUCACAAUAGCAGAGGUCAGAGAAACAAUGUAAACAACCCUAACCUCUCCAUGAUUCCCCAUGAUACUCAUGCAAGUAAAACCUCUUCUAAAUGUGAUGUAUGUGGAAAAGAGUUUAAGUAUGAUUCAAUAUUGCAGAGGCACAUGAGUAACCACACAGGUGAGAAGCCCUAUACUUGCAAAACAUGCGGGAAAGAUUUCUCUCAGAGCUCAACGUUGAAGUAUCAUAUGACAAUCCACGCAAAUGAUAAGCUGCAUAUUUGUAAAACCUGUGGGAAAGAUUUCUUUCGUAGGGAUAAGUUAAAUAACCACAUGAAGACCCACACAGGUGAGAAGCCGUUUAUUUGUAAGACAUGUGGGAAAGGAUAUAUAGUUAAAAGUUCCUUGAAAGGCCACAUGAGAAUCCACACAGGUGAGACGCCGUAUACUUGUAGAUUUUGUGGAAAAAGAUUUAAACUGAACAGCGCUUUAAAAACCCACUUGAGCACCCACACAUGAUAAGAAACUGCUUGUCAGAAUCUAGGACACGUGUACCGGUGUUAAACCCCUACUGGUUUCCACAGCAACUGGUUUCCCUACGUCGUGUUCACCUAACAGCUGCCGUUGUGGCCUACCUCUGUCACCAGAUUCGUCGCACAAUCAAACAUAUUCCUGGAGAUUUUCGUAUCGUUUCCCAAAUAUCCUGCCGGGGAAAUGUUUAAGUA